AUGAGAAUGAUGAAGAUAUUCGUGGUGUGUCUGCUUGCCUGUGUCGUCGCGGCCGAGGACAAAGCUCAUGGCAGCAGCAGUCAGGGCGACACGCGUUUUCUUGGAAGCUUCAUCGGCGGACUUGCAGCAGGCUUCCUAGGCAGACCCAACAGACCCAACAGACCUUUCAGGCCUCAUGUGAACGGGGGCUUCAAUUCGGGUUUCCAUCCGGGCUUUAAUAAUGGUUUCAAUAACGGCUUUAAUAACGGUUUCAAUAACGGGUUUCAUCCGGGCUUCAGUAACGGGGUUAACCACGGUUUCAACAACGGCUUUAACACUGGUUUUCAUCCAGGCUUCCACGGCGGCGUUAAUCAAGGCUUUAACAAUGGCUUCAACAGCGGCUUCCACCCAGGCUUCAACAACGGAGUCCACGGCGGCUUCGGUUCCGGCUGUAGGGUCUGCAGAGCUCCAGGAGGACAGGCCUACUGUUGCUAA